AUGGAUAUGGUAAAUAAUGAUUUGUUAAUAUUAGGAAUAUACUUAGGCUUUAAUAAUAAUUAUGAAGAAGCUAUUAAAUACUUUGAUAAAGCUUUGGCCAUAAAUCCAUAGCAUGUUGAUUCAUUGUGGGGAAAAGGUAAAUUGAAUAAAAUUAGAUUUAAGGUGAAUGUCUAAAAAUGAUGAAUUAAUUUGAAUAAGCACUAGAAUGGUACGAAUAAGCUUUGGCCAUAAAUCCAUAGCAUGUUUUAUUAUUGUAUGGAAAAGGUAAAUUGAAUUAAAUUAGAUUUAAGGUGAAUGUCUAAAAAUGAUGAAUUAAUUUGAAUAAGCACUAGAAUGGUACGAAUAAGCUUUGGCCAUAAAUCCAUAGCAUGUUUUAUUAUUGUAUGGAAAAGGUAAUAUUAAUUAAUUAUUUUUUUAGCCUUCAUCUUAUUAGAAUAUAAAUAAUUUGAAAACGCUUAUUCGUUGUUUAAUUAAGCAAAUGAGAUUUAACCAAAUUAAUAUUUAAAUGAUGCAUUUUUAGGUAUUUGACUUGAAUAAAUUAGCAUAAUAUUCCAAUAAGCAAGAACAAUAAUGA